AUGCGCCAGAAUUGGGUCGAACAACUCGAAUCACCCAACCAAAUCCUCGAACAGCUCUCUCUCGCCGCAUGUCUAAUAGAACUAUGGAAGAACAUGUACAGCACCUCAACAGAAGAAUCAUCAAACCCAAUCCCAUUCCCAGGAUUCGUCGACAUCGCCUGUGGAAAUGGUAUCCUCGUAUACAUCCUUCUCACAGAAGGCUACAAAGGCGUAGGCUAUGACGCCUGUCGUCGAAAAACCUGGACCACAUUCCCAGCCGAAAUACAGAAAUGUCUAGAAGAGAGAGUCCUCAUACCUAAGCCUUUUGCGGAUGUACUGGACUUGCAAGAAAUUGGUGUUGAGAUACAUACCGGCGUUUUCCAAAAUACAUUCAUCAUAUCAGACCAUGCAGACGAGCUGACCGUCUGGACUCCUAUAAUGGCUGCUCUAGCGAGUCUGGCAUCGCCGUUGCCGUUUUUCGUGGUUCCGUGUUGUUCUCGUUCGCUUGCGGGUUCUGCGUAUCGGUAUCCCCCGCCAGGGAGUGGGGAGAGGAAAGAGUUAGAGCAGGAUUCGCAGCCGGUGGCUGGUGAUUUGAGGGCACUUCGUGCGAGGAAGAUGGAGGAGAAGACUGAGAGUGGGUUUUUGGGGUCGAUGGUUGGAUCGCUUGCUGCGAAGACAAUGGGUAUUGCUGAGGAGAUUGGGUUUGAUGUUGAGAAGGCUUGGUUGAGGACUCCUGGUGCGGUUAAUAUGGCGUUGAUUGGGGGUUGGCGGACUGUAGAGGGGAUAGAACGUUCGGCUUCUAAAGAUUCUGUUUUGCAGAAGAUUACGGAGGUGGUUGAGCGUGAAUGCUCUAAAGAUGGGGGCAUUCAUGUAGCUGCUAAGCUCUGGGUUGAACGGGCCAAGAGUCUUCGACAGGGACAGGGGAUGCAUCAAGCUAACUAA